AUGGGAGACGGACUCACCACAUUUGUAUUUGACAACGGUUCUUUAUAUACAAAAGCGGGGUACGCUGGUGAAGAAUCGCCCAUUGCAGUCUUCCCAACGGUUGUUGGCAAUUACAAAAAGGCAAACACUAUCGAAUUAAAAAAUAGUUAUGUUGGUGAUGAAGCUGUUGCUAAAUUACCAUGGAAGUUGUUACGACACCCUGUCAAUCAUGGACUGAUUAAAAACUUCGAGGACAUGACAAAGGUAUGGCAUCAUUCAUUUUAUUCUGAGCUUCGAAAUAUUCCCAACGACUCAAAUGUGAUAUUAACGGAGCCCCUUAUGAAUUAUAAAACAAUUCGAGAAAAGUCUGCUCAAGUGUUUUUCGAAGAGUUUAAUGUUAAUGGCUUUUAUAUUGGAACGACAAAUGGGUUUUCAAUGUACACAACUUGUCGAGCAACAAUCACUGAAGUGGAGAUGGGUGAUGGGGUGAUAUCUUUUGUAUCGUUUAAUGAGGGUUAUCCUCUUCCCAAUUCUGCAAAAGUAAUAAAUAUUGGAGGGGAAGAGAUCACUGAUUUCAUUUUCAACUCUGUUAUGGCCAACAAUGAACCAUUCAAAACAACCCAUUUUGACCGAAUCAUUGCAAGAGACAUCAAAGAACAUAUGUGUUAUUUUGCAUCCAAUUUUAAUGAAGAAAUUGAAAAGUCCUCAACUCAGGUUGAAAAGGUGUAUAUGCUCCCAGAUGGAGAACGCUUAAUAAUUGGAAAGGAAAGGUUCUUGGCCCCAGAAGCACUGUUGCAGCCUUCAACAAUUGGUUCCGAAGAGUUGGGAAUACAUCAGAACAUAUACAACUCAAUUAUGAAAUGCGGCGCUGACAUCAGGCAAUCGUUGUUCAUGAACUUGGUGAUCACAGGAGGAUCUUCAAUGUUCGACAACUUGUCCAUAAGAAUCUCGAAGGAAAUGAGUACCUUAGUUCCACAAAAUUACAAAACCAAAGUGAUCGAAAAUACAGAUAUUGCACAAAAAUAUAGUGCUUGGAUCGGAGCUUCAAUCAUCGGGUCUACCUCAUUAUUUGACAACGAAAAAGUGAGUAAAUCAGAAUAUGAUGAGUUUGGAACUUCUGUAAUUAACAAGAAAUGCUUUGUUUAUUUGUUAAUCUUUUAUUAG